AUAUACUUCAGAACGUGACACCCUGUGGCACUGGUAAUGCCUUUCAGUUUCACGUUAGUUUUUUAUUAAGUACUUAAUUAUAAUUAACUCGUCAUUAUGGAUACAAUUUGGUUUAGAGUCAACGGUGUGAAACAUACCGUGGUUAGCGGUGAAGUGGACUCCGACCUAACGUUACUGGACUAUCUUCGAGACUAUCUGGAGCUGCGAGGCACCAAGUACAUGUGCCGCGAAGCUGGAUGUGGCUCCUGCAUGGUCACCGUCAAACAGUCUCAGGGUCAACCGUAUGCUGUCAACUCGUGCAUGAUAACAGUGGUUUCAUGCCACGGCCUGGACAUCACUACCAUCGAAGGACUAGGGAACAGGAAUAUAGGCUACCAUCCACUGCAGAACACACUCGCCAAGUACAAUGGAACCCAGUGUGGGUACUGUUCUCCAGGUUGGAUCAUGUCCAUGCACAGUUUACAAGAAAGCAAUCGGAACCUUACACAGCUAGAAAUAGAGCAGUCUUUAGGAAGUAACGUUUGCCGCUGCACAGGAUACAGACCAAUCCUUGAUGCUUUCAAAAGCCUUGCUGUGGACAGCAGUGAUGUCAAAAACAUACAAGAUAUAGAAGAUCUCAAAAUCUGUAGAAAAACUGGGAAAAGCUGUGAUGAACAACAUUGUACUGAUACUGACUGGUGCAUAGUAAAAGAUGAAGAUCUUCUCAAUUCUAAGAUGAUACAAAUGAAAUUAAAAGACGGAAAAUUUUGGUACAAAGCUACGAGUAUAAGGAAUAUAUUUGAUAUUCUAGACGAUAAAGGGAAUGACUCGUACAUGUUGGUAGCUGGGAAUACUGCUAGAGGAGCAUACCCCAUUGAAGAAUUUCCCAGAGUAAUAAUUGAUAUCAAUGCAGUGUCGGAACUAAAAGGUUACAAACUAGAUCAGAACCUUAUCAUAUACGGUGGAGUGACGCUGACUGAAUUACUGGACAUAUUCAAACGUAUAGCGAAACAAGAAUAUUUUGCAUAUUUGUCCAAAUUUUAUGAUCAUUUGAAGAAGGUUGCUCAUAUACCAGUCAGAAAUAUCGGGACUAUAGCUGGUAAUCUGAUGAUUAAAAAUAAACACAACUUCUUUGCAUCUGAUGUGUUUCUACUGCUGCAAACUGUUGGAGCUCAGCUGACUUUAGUGAGCCGCCGCUCCAGAACUAAAACAGUGACCAUGGAGGAGUUCCUGAAAACUGACAUGAAAGGUUUGGUGAUUCUGAAUGUCUUGCUACCGCCUUUGAGCCGAGAAUACCAAGUAGCGACGUUUAAGGUAAUGCCAAGAAGUACAAAUUACCACGCGAUAGUGAAUGCCGGAUUUCUAUAUCAACUAAAUAAUCAAAAUAAAGUUAUAUCCUCAAGAAUUGCUUUCGGUGGUCUAUCACCAUCAUUCACAAGAGCUUCUAAAACUGAACGAUUUUUGGUUGGAAAACAACUAUUUAGUAAUGAUACUUUACAAUCUGCUUUGAAAGUUUUGAGUGAUGAAAUUGUGGUUGUUGAAAAUCCUCCAGAACCUAGUGUUGAGUUCAGACGAAGACUAGCAUUGGGAUUGUUCUAUAAGGGACUUCUAUCGAUAUGUCCAGACAACUUACUGAGCGCUCGUUACAAGUCAGGAGCAAUCAAAAUCCAUGACACACGUCCAGUAUCCAAAGGCGUUCAAUAUUUUGAAACAGAUCCCUCAAUGUUCCCUUUGACUGAACCUAUACAGAAAGUCGAAGCGUUGACUAUGAAGCCAAUAUGA